GGGGGUCCAUCGCGCGGAGCUUGCUCCUCGCCUGCGGUGGGCGGCGGCGGCGGCCUCGGGUGAGGUCUGGUAAAGGGCAGCAGGGAAGUGUGGGGCCAGGGGGGCCUGGAAACUCUCUGAGUAGCCAUUGGCCGCCGGCUGCCCCUGUGCCCGAGGACGGCUUUUGCAUCCCGACGUCACCACCCGGCCCCCGCCUCACGUGUUGCAGCCCCCAGGUCGCCUCUGCAGACAUAGCCGCCAACUUACUGCCUGUGAGGCUGUGUCCUGUCACCCGCCGGAUGCCAAACGCCGUGCGGAGUGACUUCGAUUUUUGCAACAGCCCUGCAAGGUUGGCCCAUGGCGGAUUCAGCUGGUUCAAGCGAAACUUCCUAUCUGCUCCCUCCAAACAGGGAGGACUGGGAAGAGCAAGGCAUCCCUGACUUUGUCUAUGGACAGAAGGAACUCACGCGGGAAGGGAUCCAGUGGCCCAGGACCGCGCCCAGCCUCCCGGACACACGGCCUCUGUCUCAUUUUGACUCCGCGCUCUGCUCUGCCUGGAGACAGCGGAUGGAGCUGGGGCUGUUCCGCUACCGCCUGGGGGAGCUGCAGACCCGGACGCUCCCUGGUCCCAUGGGCUUCGUGGCUCAGCUGAAUGUGGAACGAGGGGUGCAGAGGAGGCGCCCCCAGAACAUCAGGAGCGUCAGGCAGGCCUUUGACCCCGAAGAGUUUAACUUCAACAAAAUCCGGCCGGGAGAAGUCCUCUUCCGUUUGCGCCGGGAGCCCGAUCCCCCGGGGGUUCUCCAGCAAGAGGAUAUCCUGGUGAUGAUCAACGUGAGCCCCCUGGAGUGGGGCCACGUGCUGCUGGUGCCCGAGCCCGCCCGGGGACUCCCCCAGCGCCUGCUGCCCGGGGCACUCCGGGCCGGGCUGGAGGCCGUGCUGCUGAGCUCACACCCUGGCUUUCGCGUCGGCUUCAACAGCCUGGGCGGCUUGGCCUCCGUGAACCACCUGCACCUGCACGGCUAUUACCUGCCCCACAGGCUGCCCGUGGAGGGGGCACCAAGUGAGCCCCUGGACCCGGGGGGCCGUUUACACCUGCUGCAGGCGGUCCCAGCUCCCGGCUUCCUUUUUUACACCGGCGGGCCAGGCCCGGACAUAGAAGCCUUGGUAAGCAGGGUGUGCCGCGCCACCGACUAUCUGACUGCCCGUGAGAUUGCACACAACCUGUUCGUGACCCGGGGCGCACCGCCUGGACAGACUUCCUUUUCCUCAACCCUCACAGGGGUCCGGGUCAUCCUCUGGCCCCGGAAGUCCAGCUUUGGGGUCAAGGAGCGGGAGGCGUUCAAUGUUGCCCUUUGCGAGCUGGCCGGGCACCUCCCUGUCAAAACGCCCCAGGACUUCAGCAGCCUGACGGAGGCGGCCGCGCUGGCCCUCAUUCGGGACUGUCUGCUGCCCCCGGCGCAGGCAGAAGAGGUACGGGCAGCACUGGUGGCCUUGACAGCCCAGGAGGAGCAAUCAUUAGGGCAUUUCCAUCACUGCUCUCUCACCGGGUCUUAGCCUCAGAGGAGGGAGCGAGAACUGAUCGAAAUGGUCUCUUUCAAGAGGAGACACCUUGGAAUAAAUCGAAU